AUGCUUAACGUGCUUGAUGUAUCCGGACCUCAUGGCGUUGAUGGUAUUGAUGGAGUGUGCGGUUACAAUGGGACAUAUCCUAGCGGAGAUGGAAAAGAUGGGACAAAUGCGACACACCCGACUGAUGGGGGAGAUGCUGGGGAUCAUACUUCGGGCGCUGCGAUAGAAUUUUCGGGACAGUUUCGUGUGGCAGGAUAUUCUUUUAAAGCUUUUCAAAAAUCUUAUGCAUGCUCUUAUGCUGAUCUAUUCGCGCUAAAAGCUCGUGGAGGGGAUGGAGGUAACGGAGGUAAUGGUGGAGAUGGCGGUAAGUAUUCAUAUCACAAUUCCUUAUUUGAGCAAUACAUUCAAGUACAGUAUCGUUUAACUUCGAAUUUCACUUCAGGAAACGGUGCAGCUGCUAAUCGUAUCACUGUAACGAUAAGAUAUUCAAGUGGAACUAAUGGAGGAAGCGGUGGUGAUGGUGGUGAUGCAGGUGCUGGAACUAGUGGUGCCGAUGGCGGAGACGGUGGGACAAUAACCUUGACAAUGAAUGACACGGAUUCGGGGUUGUUACUUUUGUUUGUGAGAGAAUGGGUACCAGCAGUCCUUUAUAGUUUAGACGUAAGCGGCGGAUAUGGAGGAAGGGCUGGCAGGCACGGGAUACCAGGCAGUGGAGGACGAGGUGGUCUUGGUGGUUCAAGUCAUUCUUGGACGGAAGUCUCAUACUCCUAUAGCAAUGGAAACCGAAUAGAGCAUUAUCAUAACUAUUAUAACCCAGGAGGUUACGAUGGCCCUCGAGGUUAUGAUGGAAAAUGUCCAAGCAUUCUUCUUUAUAACGGUAGUCCGGGAAACGAUGGGAAAUUACGGUUUCACAUAAAAGACAGCAUUUCAAACAAAAUCUCAAAAUACCGCGAGAUCUUUGAUAUACGUUUGCAAAGUGUCUUCUCUUACUCUGCUACGGGAGUUUUUGAACCUGAAGCUCAAAUUUACGUAGAUACUUUGACCAUUAACAAUAGCUCUGCGAUGCCUACCCCAAGACGAGAUAUCUGCGUUACCAUUAAUAACAAUGUGUGGAUUUCUAAUUACGCUCAGAGGAAAUAUAUCACGCUACCGCAUCGGAUUGAUGGACAUUCCUCUAAACAAGUUAAUUGUAAUCAACAACUAUCAUUCUUUCUCAAGAAAUACAGAGUAGAUAGGCCAGGACCACCUCUUCGUGCAACUGACUUAUUGCAGUUGACAGCAACAAUGACAGGGAUUCAGAGGAGACUUCCAGCCUUUGAUAUUUAUGGCCGUCUCAUCAAUAUCCAAUUUCCCAUUGAGCUCACUCAUAUUUCACACAUGAACUCAAUGGUUUCUGGUCACGUAGCGAAAGUAAUUUGGGGAGUGAAAAAUACAUCUCAAGUAGAUUUUGGUGCAUCCUCAAAAAAUAAGCGUCGUAUUUGUGUUAGGUUGGUCAAAACUGGUGGAGAAGUUUCACCCCACGCCUUGCGAUUUGGUCUGCAACUUGGGCAGAAAGGAGUUAUCACGAUCCCUCCUGUGCAGACAAUGGAAAGAGAGUAUAUCUUCGACAUCCCUCUGUUGAAAGCUGUUCAAACACUACAGUUGGAGGCCACAUUAGCAUUAGGUGAAGCAGAGGCCUUUGAAUGUGCAGAAUUUUGGAUUUAUCUGGAACUCGGGAAGAUCGAGGAUCCCUCUUCAUUAAACGUCGUUCAUAUUCAAUCAUUCGAUGUUAGGGUGUCAACGAUCUAUCGUGGAUUCCCUGCAGGUUUCUACCCGGACGUGUUGCUUGUCACAAAUCACAAAACAACACGCAACGAAUACCUAGCAUGGGUCAACUUGUUCAAACAACAGCUCGGCCUCAAGUUCUUUGUUUGGGAUAUAUCACAGAUGGGUCAUUUCAGUCUAACGAGGCCUAUAGAAACACUUUUUUCAGCCGAACCUACCACCUUGAUGAAGGACCUUGACGGUAAAACGAUAAUUGUACUAGACAAUGAGUUUGAUUAUGGAGAUUAUGCUGUAAAGGUUACUGCACGAAAUUUUGUUUUGAAACACGAGUAUUUAUUGGGAAGAGUGGAUGAUACAAAAGAAGAUGACGAGAGCGCUCCUGCUCAUGGAGAUGAGACGGAACUUUCUGAUGACAAUGGACAGUGUAUUGUGGACCCCGCGAAAUUAAUUGAUGAAAUAUUUGAAAUACAAAUUAAACCCAAGCUUUUCUUCAAUAUGAAAAGGCGAAUGUUAGGAAAGGCCCAAAAAGUUGACGAAAAUUUGAAAAAGCUUCGUCCCCACAUUUUACACCAUGUGGUAUACAACUGGCAUGACUCGAAAAUAUCCUUGUUUCGAUCCAAAAAGAAUUCGGACGCGAAGACAGGACCUUUAAAUGAGGAUAACGAAUCUGAUGAUAUUUACCUGUUCCUCUCGGGCCGUCAUCGAAUGCUUAAUGAACAGGAAAAAAAGUUGGCAGAAACUCUUAAACAGCAGAUCGUUUACGAUGUCGCUGUAGAGCUAUCAACCAUAUGCGACGGAGUUGGUAGUAAUUCUUCUCUCGGAGGCGAGCAGACUUUGGUGAUGAUGGAGAACCUGCGACGUUUGGUCUGGAAGGUAGAAUCACUAAGUGGAAACAAUUCCACCCAGUUGGGGGUAACCGAUGAAAAUCGAUUAUUCACAAUUUCUGAAGAACACGAAGAUGCCUCUUCACUGAAUUACGAAAUAGAGUCGAAUAGCGCGCAGCUCAAUCAGGGUAAUUCGUGUGACGUGAAAGUGGAAACCGAACAGAAUGUUAAUCCUAAGGAAGUUGCGUACAAUUGUAGCGACGUCAUAAGAGACCCGAAUAAUAAUUGUAGUGACAUGAUGGGAGAUCAGAGGAAUGAUGCUUGUGAUGUGAUAAAGGAUCGAAGCAACAAUUGUAGUGAUGAGAUAAGGGUAAUCCCGCAGAAUUGCAGUGACGUAAUUAUAAACCCGAACAAUAAUUGUAGCGGCGUUCCUCUUGCCCAUAGCAUGGUGCCAGUACACAAUGCACCAGGUACAACAGCAGUUGGUGAUAUUGGUGGUGAGAAGGAAAUUAUCUUCUACAUGUUUCCAGUCAAGCAUGAUUCACCUCUUGGAGAGUGGGUUAUGGACAUAUUGGCCCAGCUUUAUGCCUUCAUUAAAUGCCUCAGAUCAGGAAUUCAUCAAUCCCUUUUACCUAACCGAAGAACCGCGAAGGUGCAACAACAAUCCAUGGACCUCCUUCAUCGCAUAGGAGAUGCUACUAUUAUUGAUUUUGCUGACCCGAGAUCUUCGGCUAAGUUGGAAUACAUCCAAGAGCAGUUGACAAGAUCUAAAGAUUAUUUAUCAACAGAAGAUGAAUUGUCCACUUCACUAGAGCCCCUGACUAUCAAUGAUGAGAAAUCAGAAAGGCUUCCAUCAUCCAUGAAUGUGGUAUCAUCUUCCUCUGUUCCCUCGUCCCACAAUUCCAUUAAUGCGGAUUUACAUAAUAAUAUUCAGAAUAAUUUGGUUCCUACAAAUACUUCUCCAAUCCUAUAUAACGAAUUUUCCGAUCUUCCGACACCAAUGUCUAUUGCUUCAGGCCUUUCUUUUGCAUCUUCAAUGACAAGAGCAUCGAUGAUGUCUUCAUCGAGUUUUUCUUACAGUGGCCCAUCGGCUUCUCGCUCCCGCGUCCCCUAUAAAAAAUUGGACUCAAAACGACGACGAACCAUCAAAUCGUUUAAAAAGGGCGUUAAGUUGCAACUUCGAAACAAAAUUCAAGGACAUUAUGAAAAAUGGAAGAAGG